UUCCAAGCGGGUUGAUCAUGUUUGGGUUUUCAAUUUGUACGGCGCGUCCGAAUGAUCGAUUAUGUCAAUCCAGCUGGUAACUGUAGAAGGAUCUACUCUUCAGACUCUAGAAUAUGAAACAGGCAGCGUUCGUUGGAUCGUAGAUCUAGAUAAUCAUGAGAUACUUCUACUUAUAGGGGCCAUUGGAGAGUUAGUGAUUGAAGGAUCAAUCGUUGGACGUGGCUACAUUGAUAGUCUGGAGAACACAGCGGCUAAAUUCACACAGCCUCCUAUAUGGUUGCGCCAGCUUCGAGACCCCGAAUAUUUCAAGCUUCGAGGUCAGCGCAUUGAACUUAGUGACGUAGAGCAUCAUAUCCUGUUGGCGCUUCCCAGCGCAAGGGACGUAGUCGCAGAGAUUGUGACCUUUCCCGAUUCUUCAAGGCCUCCUGUACUUGUAGCUUUCAUACACGCCAGGAACGAUGACAUGGCGAAGUGUGGUGACCUUUCAACAAGACUCGUUGGCGAGCCAAGCGAUUCAUUCCGUUCUCGGAUUUCCGUGGUACAGUCACAGCUUCAGCACUUGCUACUAUCCUACAUGGUUCCUUUGGUCUUCCUCCCGUUGGCAAGCCUACUAUUGACUAGCACGUAUAAGAUAAACCGUAAACUUUUACGCGAAUAUGCAACUACGUUGUCCAAGGAGGAACUAGAGCAAUACCAACAAACCACGACGGCUAGACGCAUACCCUUCAUAGAUACGGAGAAGCUCCUGCACCAGUAUUUUUCCGGAGCACUUCACCUUGAGCUGGACCAGGCCGUAUGGACCGCGGUAGCAGCUGUUCAUCCAAUUCUACGCACCAGGGUAGUCUUGUCCCCCUCUCAUGGCCUGCUACAGGCGAUGACCCUUGAGGGUAUCGAAUGGACUGUAUUAAAUAACACAGAAGCUCAAGAUUUCACAGUGGGCGCCGGAAAGCCGCUGGUACAGUUACGCCUUCGUAGCGCACAAGAUAAUCAAGAUCCGAGUUAUCUGUUUUUGAAUAUCCACCAUGACAUCUACGAUGGGUGGACUUUACCCCUGAUCUUCAAGGAAGUCGACGCCGCAUACCACGGAGGAAACCCUUUCGCCACGCCCUAUCACCCCGUUUAUCCGCUACCUACAACCAGCUUCCGGUGCUACGCAUUAUUGGGGUGCUUUAAUGGAAGGCUUUCAGACUCCAGCAUUUCCUACCGUGCUUGAAAAAUCAGAUAAGCCAUCUCCUAUAGCCAUCAUGAACAGCGCGGUUGACACAUCCAAUCAAUCUCCCAGGCAGUUUACUCCAAAUGCUUACGUGCGAUUAGUGUGGGAAAUCACCCAGGCUCAGUGUCAAGGGACUAAUGACGUCUGCUUUGGGACAGUGGUAUCGGGUAGGAAUGCACCAGUUGCCAACAUCGAAUUGAUGACCAUUCCGACCAUCGCUACGAUCCCAUGCCGCGUCACGUUAAUCCGGAGGAUAGUUACCCAGGUUCCAAUGCUUGGUAAGGUCGAGAAUAUCAAAACCAAGUUUGUGCACGUCUUUGGAGUCAACCACUUGGACAUUUGCUGUCCAGGUUGGAUAGUCCCCUUGUUCAAUUGCCUCGAAAAAAUCUCUUGUCGCGGAGUCUGGGUCCGUUGGAGAUACGUUCUGGAUCUUGCCGCCCUCAGUAAAGUUUGGCCCGCGGUCAGAAGAUAGGAAGAAGUGAACGUAUUUCCGACUGCCGUCCGGCAUAACCCAUUUGUAAGCAUGGCCAACAUAUCCGCUCAUGCUACGAUAGUUGAACAUGGUUCCAAACUCGCUAUAGAGCUAGAGGACCAUGUGUAAUGACUCGUGAUUAUUGCACACCUAGUCCCACCACAGAUCGGGGUUCGCGAGAUUGGUCCGCGGGUCCCGGCGCUGAGCGUGCAUCAUGCCGGGAAAC